AAAUCGAGAUCCUCCACUCUUGGCACCAUUGACCUUGGCAAUCUCAGCUGAGUGACACAGUCUCACGAUCAUCCCGACGUCGCUGUCGGGGGGUAUCUAAGCUAUUGGCAUCGAGAAGGCAUAUGUGGCUUAUCUGCUACUCGAAACGGAAGAUAUGCUGCAUAUUGCCCGUAGUCCUUUUUGCGUAUUUUUGGGCUCUGAACCUGGGAAUAAACAGACAUCAGCGCCCACUGCCCGGGUAGCAGGCAUGUCUGUGAAGACUGGAGCUUUUCGCCAAAUUUCAUAGAGCGAAUGAAAGCACUACUGAUCAAUCGUGAUUACUUAUCAAACAUUGAGCUGUGUCACGCUGCAGGCUGCACGAUCUAUCGGAAUCCAGAUCCACAUGGGCUGCAUUGACGAUGCACAGAUCAAAUAGACCGAGAUGCGUGGCUCCACCGUUCACGAGUCGGCAUAGAUGGCUGUUUCCGCCUUUGGACAAUUUAAUGCAAAAGACUUUAUUCCACGAUCCUGGAGUUCACGUCGGAUUCCUCAAUCUACUUGACUUUUCACAUAUUCAACAAUUGAACCAGCUUUGUAUCUUCAUUUUCACUCUCACAAUUAUGCAUUUUCUCUGUCUUCAUGGUGUAGGAACCAAUUCAAAGGUUCUCGAGAUGCAAACAGCGGCCCUCCGUUACGAACUUGGAGACGGCCACACCUACGACUUUGUCGAGGGCAUGUUUCCUUAUGAACUAGCCCCUGAAAUCAAAGACUUUGUCUCAGAAGGCGACCAAGGCUUCUCUUAUUUCGACCCAAACUCCACCGACGCCUCGUUACGAGCAGUAUCUGACCUCCAACGACUAAUCGUCGAAGACGGGCCCUAUGAUGGUAUUCUCGCCUUUAGCCAAGGCAUGAUGCUAGCAUCCACACUGCUCGUCCACCUCCAGCGACAAAAAGCAGCGGGAGAAAUCGCCGCCUUCCCCUUCAAGUGUGCGGUAUUUUUCUCCCCACGACUGGGUCCAUUGGACUACAAAGAACUCGAAGCAGGGAAGUUUGUCGAGGUGGAUGGAGACGCGAUUCCGGAGUUUCUGUCUAUUCCAACUACCCUGAUCUAGGGCUCGGCUGAUCCGUGUGCCCCGAAGGCAGUGGAUAUGCAGAAGAUGUUCCAGGCGGACCUGCUAUCAACGUACGUCCAUGGUGGGGGUCAUGAGGUGCCGGGAGUUGGUGAUAAAGAGG